AUGACAUCUCCCACAAUUGACAAGUCGAAGCCGUAUUUUCCUCUCGCCGGUGGUGCUGAUGAUGGCUGGUCCACUGAGGACGAAGCGACAGCCACAUGCUUUUGUGGCGCAGUGCAACUGUCAUUCGCAAGUCUCGAUUCCGAAUCUCCUCUUCUUUUUGUGCUACUAACAAUGGCUCUUAACUCACAGCCAACACAAGGACCUGGCUACUUCGGCUCCUUUGUCUGCAAUUGUGCCGACUGCCACAAGCUUACCGCAUCCGUGCACGCAACCAACUUCACGGUGUAUGACACGCACCUGAAACAUCUGCGUGGCCGGGAAAACUUGAAGACAUACAGCCAGUCGCGUACUGUGUUCUUCAAAACUCCUGGUAAGGAAAACACUAUGACUAACUACUUCUGUUCCACAUGCGGCUCCCUCAUGUACCGCGUUGGUGCGGCUUUCCCGGGAAUGAGUAUUCUGCGUGUUGGCAGUGUGGAUGAUUUCUCUUUGCAGGAGACUAAACUGAGGCCCACCAUGGAGCAGUUUACCAAGGACCGUGUGGCCUGGAAGGCUCCUACGGAAGGGGCUAAGCAGUUUGUAGAAGAUGGCUUGCAUGUACAGUAG